AUGAGGUGGUUGAAUACCGACGCAUAUGCCUCAUGCCUUCCCUCGAUUCUCGGACGGCCAGAACUGCAACCAAUGAUAAAAGCCACCGCUUUUGAGUUUACUCCCUCAUCAAAGGUCGGCAUCAAGCACUUAGAUCCAUUUCCAUGCCCAAGAAAAGAGAUCCUUCUGAACAAAUCCUUCAACGACUUCGUCGGGUUGGGGCAUACGUCCAUAGAUCCCACUCCAUUUGGGGAAGUGCUGUGUGAAGUAGGAUUGGAAAGUUUCCUCAGUACUUGGCAGAUUAGCCUCUGGAUUGACCACAUAAAAUGCGGAGUCGGAGUUGAACUUCGCAACAUUGAACUUCUUUAGACUCUGAUGACCAAUUAGAAGAGUGAGAGAGAAGUUUCGACAGACAGUGGGAACAGAACAAUUCUGAUCACAUUCGUCCAACUGACCCCAUAUGAUCCAUUCCCAUGGCAAAAGAGUCAGUUGUCUAUCGAGAAUGAGUACAGUAGGACGGUCAUGAAUUGA